AUGUCUGGACCGAGCUCUGCGCCGACACCCGACUCGGUGCCGGGUUUUGAGAGCUGGCGUCGCUCCCUGGCCCAAUUCACCGGCAUGGGUCUAUCGGACGAAGAGCGUCUCCUCCGUGACACCGAGGCUGAACGACAACAACUCGAAAAAGACUGGACAAAAUGCGAGCGCUGGAAAAAGGACCUGAUGACCAAGAGCCCAAUCAUCACCUUUAUGCUCAAACACCUCGAAAUGGCCGGCUGCGCGUUCCCCAGCAGCGCGAUGCAAUGUCAUCCAUGUGAUGCUACGCGGGCUGGCGGGUUCUCUCCAGAACAUGGCAUCUUGCUCUGCCAGAACAGGUUCAUGCACCGCAAGCAUAUGGAGGAUACUAUUGCGCAUGAGCUGAUUCACGCUUUUGACCAUUGCCGGUUCAAGGUUGAUUGGAUGAAUCUCAGGCAUCACGCUUGUACUGAGAUCCGCGCGGCCAACCUUUCAGGCGACUGCAGGUUCUCGCGCGAGUUCAAGCGCGGGUACUGGGCAUUCAGCAAGCAGCACCAGACGUGCGUCAAGCGCCGCGCAACACUCAGCGUCAUGGCGCACCCCAACUGCGAGAACGAGGCGAUGGCCGAGAAGGCCGUCAACGAGGUGUGGGACUCGUGUUUCCAGGACACGCGGCCAUUCGACGACAUCUACUAG